CCCGAAAUCAUUUCCAUCUCCUUCUGAAUUAAUGAAUCUGCAAUGCUUAAUCUUCUUAAAUCGCAAAUUCAAAAGUCUCUAGAGGAUUAACAAGACUCAAACGUAUAUCUAACGGAGAUUUCAGUUUGCAGAAUCUCUUACAUUCGAUUUAGUAGAUAAGCAGAUAGCUUGGUGUAAUUCACGUACAACAGAUAUGGAAUCUAUAUCUGUCGUAGAUUUACUGGAAGCUUCAUCAGGAGUUCAUUAUUCUGGAUUUCACUUAAAUGGAGUAAAGCCAAGAAAUUCGGAGGUGGAGCAACCAACAACCUCAGAAACUGAAACGAUGCAUAAGCAACCUUUUAUAAUUGGAGUUGCUGGUGGUGCAGCAUCUGGGAAGACUACCGUCUGUGAUAUGAUUAUUGAGCAGCUUCGUGACCAGCGUGUUGUGCUUAUUAACCAGGAUUCUUUUUAUCACAAUUUGACUGAAGAGGAGCUGACACGAGUUCAUGAAUACAACUUUGACCAUCCUGAUGCUUUUGACACUGAACAACUACUAUUUAUAAUGGAGAGGUUGAAGCAUGGCCAACCGGUAGAUAUUCCGAACUAUGACUUUAAGAGUUACAAAAACAGUGUAUUACCAACAAGAAGGGUCAAUCCUUCCGAUGUGAUAAUUUUGGAAGGGAUAUUACUUUUCCAUGAUACUCGUGUCCGAGAAUUGAUGAACAUGAAGAUAUUUGUUGAUACAGAUGCUGAUGUACGCUUGGCGAGGAGGAUAAGAAGUGAUACCGUUGAGAAGGGCAGAGAUAUCAGAACAGUACUUGACCAAUACUCGAAGUUUGUGAAACCUGCUUUUGAUGACUUUAUUCUUCCUACAAAGAAAUAUGCGGAUAUUAUCAUUCCCCGUGGAGGAGAUAAUCCUGUGGCCAUUGAUUUGAUUGUGCAACAUAUUCAUACGAAACUCGGUCAACAUGAUCUCUGUAAAAUAUACCCAAACCUCUAUGUCAUCCAGUCAACUUUUCAGAUACGUGGCAUGCAUACGCUUAUACGUGAUGCUAAAACAACAAAACAUGACUUUGUGUUCUAUGCUGAUCGGUUGAUUCGUUUGGUUGUUGAACAUGGCCUUGGGCAUCUUCCUUUUACAGAAAAGCAAGUUAUCACUCCGACUGAAUCGGUUUAUACUGGGGUUGAUUUCUGUAAAAGGUUGUGUGGUGUCUCGGUAAUUAGAAGUGGUGAAAGUAUGGAGAAUGCUUUGCGAGCAUGUUGUAAAGGCAUCAAGAUCGGGAAGAUUCUUAUUCACAGGGAAGGUGACAAUGGGCAGCAGUUAAUCUACGAGAAACUGCCAAAUGAUAUUUCAGAUAGGCAUGUGUUGCUUUUGGAUCCUAUCCUUGGCACAGGGAAUUCAGCUGUUCAAGCUAUUUCUUUGCUUAUAAGGAAGGGUGUGCUAGAGUCCAACAUCAUAUUUCUUAAUCUUAUAUCUGCACCUCAAGGAGUGCAUGUAGUCUGCAAAAGCUUCCCAAAAAUAAAGAUUGUGACAUCUGAGAUCGAAAUUGGUUUAAAUGAAGAAUUCCGCGUCAUCCCUGGCAUGGGUGAGUUUGGGGACCGAUAUUUUGGCACAGAUGAUGAUGACCAGCAAGUUGGGUCCCCAGUAUAGCUCAAAUGAGAGGUGCACAAUAAUCCAAGUCCCAUGAUUCUUGUGUUCAUACACCUAUCAAUAUCAGCAAGGCCUAAUCUGCUUUUCCUCCCCUGCUCUUGGCCUUUCUUUUAAUUCUUUUGUACAGGUAUCGAAGUUGUGACAUUGAAACCUCGGGAUUCAUACAGAAAUCAUGAGAUAAAGUCAAUUUUGUAGUUUUAAUUUCGAGUGAACCUACCUUUGGUAUCUAUAUCUCCUUUCAGCCUUAGACAUAAGCUGAGGAAUAUUUGGUUGCAGAUUUCAUAUGGUGCAUAUGCUACAUGAGCUUGAAUUACUCUUCAAUAUAUAUAUAUUGUACAGUAUAUCAGUAGUGUGAAGGAAAAAGCAUUCCCUGUAAACUUGUGCUAGAUGCAUUUACGAAAAAGUACCCCCGACAUGCUUCGCCCGUAGUUUACUGUUAAACAUUUGAUUACAUGUGUUUGUGUUGUGGCUUCAACAUCGUUUGUUAUGUAACCUAUUGCUGGUCAAAUUCCCUGGUUUCUCCAUGGACUUUGUCAA